CAAUAACAGAUGCAAGCCUACAACUGAAGAAAACCCUCAAGAUUAAUCUACAGGAAAGUAUUUUGAAAAAAUACAGAAGCCUGGUCAAAACAAGCAAAGUCAAAUAUGAUGCAGUGAACCGAUUCUGAAGAUGGUCUGAGCUGAGAGGUUCUCCCACCUGCCGAUCCCUACAAAAGUUUGCUGUGUCAGAGGACUCCAAAGAGAAGAGUACGCAGCUUCCCAAGGCCAUGGAAGACUCUCACACUUUAUACAUCUCAGAGUUGGGAAACGAUGACAAUUUAGAGGAGGAGAUGGAGGAUAAGGAGCUUGAGGAAACUCACUGCAGUCUUUAUUUAAUGUCCAUGGAAACGGAUGAGCUGGCAGAUUCAAACACAAGUUGCCAAAAACCUGAGGCCAAAGGCUGUGACCUGAAGCCGGAUUUAGGAUCGGUCUCCCAUUCAGCAACCCCUGAGCUCCCAGAGGAUCCUGACCAUGACCCUGAUGUAGAGCUCCAGGACUCAUUUCCCUGUCAAUUCUGUGAAAGAAAUUUUACCAGCAAGCAAGGCUUAGAACGUCACAUACACAUCCACACCUUAGCUAACCACCACACACACAUAUUUAAGUGUAAGUACUGCAGCAAGUCCUUUGGCUCAAAAAUUGGCCGGCGACGGCAUGAGAGGAGACAUGAAAAUGCAAAGGCAAGGCCUGGAUCUUUAAUAAAGCCUGUGGAGCCUCCAAGUUCUGCCCUACAGCGCAACGGUCCAGAAUGUGUGUCUUCUCCCAGUAGCUCCAGUGCCUCUGUUUUGGCAGACAGAGAACAGGUGUCUACGUCAGAUGAACAUGGAGAAUUACAGGGUGGUCACACUUGCAAGUAUUGCAAAAAGGUUUUUAGCACGCAUACAAACAUGCGACGACAUCAGCGCAGGAUCCACGAGCGCCAUCUUCGGCUCAAAGGUAAGGAAGCCCCACUGUUGCAGGAAGCAAAACAUCUAAAGCUACCCCCUAUUAAAUCUCAACAGGAUACCAACAAAGCAAGCCCAGUAGCAGUUCUUGAGAUCGAAAGUGACCAAGAGGAGCAAUAUAUGCUGGAUAUCUCUGGUAACAUCUCUGAGAACCUCAGCUUUUAUAUAGAUGGGAAGAUUGUAUCAACAAGCACUGUCAGCGGCUGUGAGGUAGUUGAAGUUAACUCUGGAUCUGCUACUUUAGUCGGACUAAAUGCUGUGAUUAUUAAUCCUGCCCAGAUCAGUCAGGCUCUUAAAGUAGAGACGGCUACUCACACAGGAAAAGGGAUACCUGGUCAACCCUUGACAAAAAGAAGAACUGCCACACCACCUCUUCUACCCCAAAUCAAAACGGAACUAGAAUCGGAAGUUUUGUCCUCUUCUUCAUCAUCAAUUGUGUCAUCUUUGAUAGAAAGUCUCAUUCCUCAGAACACAGAGUCUACUAUCCUUCAUAGAGAGAGAACAGUUUAUCUGUCACCUAAGCUGAAACAGCUCUUACAGAUGCAAGAUUGCCUCAAACCCAGCUUUGCCCUGAUCACAGAAGGCCAGAAGCUGUGUUCACCACUUUCCCUGACUGUCCUCCCAGCAGGAUUGGGGAGGUUUAAAAGAAGGACCGGAUCUCCCCCAAACUCACCACAACAAAGCCCUAUGUCGAAUGUUGAAAGCACAACAACCGAUGUGGGUGUUUCUAUUGCUGUCAAUGCCCCAACGUCAGAGAGCCAAUGCAGUUCACCCGCAUGCAGUUUAUCCAGCAAUGAUGAGAGUGAGAUCUCCAACAGUCCACCAGUAAACGAUGCAAUAACAACUCGUGUCUUGCCAGAGGGAUGGUCCCCAAUGAGUGGGGGUUGUUCCUGCAACCAGCAACCUUUGGACCUCUCAAAUGCUGUCAAGAAAAGUGAAGACGAAGCCCUGCGGGAAGCUGUGUUGGACUUGAGUGUGCACAGAAAGAGUGCAGAUUCGGAAGUAAAGAGAAUUUUAGUUCCACAGCCCUUAAAUAAAAAGAGGAAGCCAAACACCAGCAUGUUGGAGAAGGUGCUGAUGAAUGAGUACGCAAACCUAGAGGUUGCUGCAGAGCAAGAAUUAAGUAUAUUAGAAAAUCAUGAUGCACCGUUAGUUACAGACUUUGCCAUAGUUACUGCUUCGGAUAUGUCACCUGCUACUGAAGGCGAGGUGUUCGGAUUAACUUUUCCCUCUGCAGCACUUAGUCCAUCCCCUUCCUCUCUAGCUUCAGUCCCCAGGCAAUCGAUCUCACCAUGCACCAUAGCACUUGCUUCCCCAUCUCCACAUCCAAUCUUACCCACUGCUCCGUCACUAAUUACUGUUUUAGCACCACCAACAUCUUCCUCUAGCAAUUCCACAAAUCAACCUAUCCUUCAAGUAUUGGCCUCUAAAAUAUCUCCUAAUCCUUUAAUAAUCUGCACAGAAGAUUCAUUGAAUUCAGCUGAGUGUGAGUGGAGAGCUGCUUUGCCAGAUUGGGCUACCUCUAAUUCUGCAAGCCAACUUGCCAUCUCUAAACCCCUUGACCCAACUCUCAAUCUACAAGGGCAUGUGUUUCUCACAGAUCACACUUUAAAUCAAAUAGCUCUGAACACUACCACAGUUGAAUCCAACAUUGGAUUUGAAGUGCCAACAUGCUCUCCAGCUUUAACUCUAAACGAUUCCAUUAUCAACUCCUUUGACAUUACUAGUAAUACUGUUUUAAUUGAAUGCACAGUUGCUCUUGAAACCCCAGAGAACCUUGUCCCUACCACAAUUGAUUUCCAAGAGAAUAAUUUUGAAUCCACAGCACCUGCGCAAAUUGUCAUAAAUCAGCAGCAGCCUCUGUCCUUGCCUCAUGAAACCGUUGACCCUUCUAUUUUAGUAUCUUCUUUAGAGCAAUCGGUUACCCUUUCAACGCUGUCUGCAGUCAUAUCUGAAUGUCCAACUCGUCAAGAAUCCAUUUCCUCCCCUGUUCCUUCCAUUAUUAAAACGGAAUCAAACCAAAAGGCAGUAUCGGAGGACAUAUCUAUCUGCCCCUCUAAAACGCCACCUCACUCUGAGGGCACAAGUCAAGUGGAAGAAUCCUCAAAUGAGACCCUCUCCAAGCUACAAGAGACUUUCACUAAGGAAUUCAUAUGCAAUGUAUGUGAUAAGCUUUUUCAUUCAAUGAAGGAACUGGGUCAUCAUGUAAGUGAGCAUUCUGAUGAAUGGCCAUACAAAUGUGAGUUCUGUGUGCUACUCUUUGGAAAGCCCACGGCAUUGCUUGAUCACAGGUCAACCCUCCAUGGCGUCGGCAAGAGCUAUGUUUGCUGCGCAUGUACAAAGGAAUUUGCUUAUCUUUGCAACCUGAAACAUCAUCAAAAGGAGUUGCACCCUGGCCAGGAAUGCAAAUACACAGAAGAAGAAAAUGGCAAGCUACGACCCCAGAACUAUAACAAUGCAACAAAAGGUAGCACAGAGGCUUUGUCCUACUGUGCCAUGGCGGAGUCCAAUAAACCGGUCAUAAAAGAUGAGGGAGAAUUAGAUGACGCUACUGAGGAACUCUUUACCACAAUAAAGAUAAUGGCUUCUGAGGGAGGCAAACCCAAAGGCCUGGAUGUUUGCCUUGGCAUCAACCAACACUAUCCCAGUUUUAAGCCGCCUCCGUUUCCAUAUCACAACCGGACACCUGUUGGCUCUGUAGCCUCAGCUACCAACUUCACCACCCACAACAUCCCACAAACCUUCAGCACUGCUAUCCGAUGCACUAAAUGUGGCAAAAGCUUUGAUAACAUGCCAGAGCUGCACAAACACAUUCUUGCCUGUGCAAAUGCCAGUGACAAAAGACGCUACACACCCAAUAAGAACCCCAUUCCUCUUCGUCACUUUGCAAAAGCCCAAAAUGGAGUACUGUCCUCUACUAAUUCCACAAAUGGCCAAAAUGCUCUACACACGGCAAGUCAAACAAAUCGUCCCAAACUCAAUCAGGAGCCACCUGCCAAGUUGAAGCUUAAUGCACUCAACAAAAGGAAAAAACAGCUGGUACAAAGGGCCAUUUCACAGAGGAGUAAGUCCACCUCUUUGACAAAGAGAACCUCUUCUCUAGUCGAUGAGCAAGAGAUCUAUGUCUGUCCGCAUUGCAUUAGAGAAUUCACAUACCGCCGCAGCCGGACCAAGCACAUGGCCGUCUGCCCCAGGAAACCUGCAGCCAAAGAGGCCAAGAAAAGAAAAGAUGGCAGUAUCUCUUACACUAAGGAAAAUAACGGCCACCUUCACAGAGAAGUCCUUCAUUUGGAAGAGAAAUCUGAUCAUGAACAGAAAAGCAGAGCCCAUAGUUCAAGUCCAACAAAGAGGACAGCCAUAUUACCAGCUCAUAAAGUCCUGUCAAACAAAAAAAGCAAAGCCAUCAUUGCAAUGGCAAGUGUCCAAACACCGCAGGAGGCACCCAAACUGACUGCACUGUCUCUUGUUCACCCUUUCAACUCCCGACAACGUCAAGGCAGUAGGAUGCACCAUGGUGUUAAGGAAAUUCGUUCUAACAUUACAAUGGUGAAAUCCCACCAACAACCACCACAGGUGGAUGAGCACCCCUGCAGUCAGAGUGGAAGGGUGAGGGGACCAGUGACCCGCAGUCUACAGCAGAUUGUCGUCAUAGAUUCAGCAAAGGAAGAACAGCUGACCAGUCAGGAGCCACCAGGGGAUCUGCAGGAUCCUUCAAUUUGAGAUUCAUCCAAUGGACUGCUUCAGACAGUGGAAAGUUGAGGAUCAUGAUACAUUUGUGGAGGCUUAAUGAAAUAAGUACAAAUGCAAGAAGAGAUGGCGAAUGCAGCAGUGGGUAGGUGCAAUCGGACAAUGUAUGGAGGCUUUCAGAGAACAUGUUUGUUGUGCAUUUCUUGUCCUUUUCACAGAAUGUUUGGAAAAGACUGCUGUGCACUUUUAGAAACUUUACCUGUGAUGGGCACGUGCAUCACAGAAUAAGUCAUCUUGAUGAUUAUCUGAAAAAAAAUACUUAAUUUAAAAAGCCCAUCCCUAUGAAUAACUAGUGCGGUUUGCAAGUGGCAAUCAUAGGGGCAUGCAGUUAAUACAUUAUUUUUUCUUUCAGUUAGCUAUAUGUGUACUGUUAUGUGGCCCUUUUAUUUGGAACCUAAAUGCAUGCUACCAGUUUAUUGUAGUACUAGAUUGCCCCUUUCUCACUCAGUCUGUCCAAUUUCAAACCACACUUUUUAGGUUUGAAUGAUCAUCAACAAGUGAAACUCUGGAUCUCUUAAAAGGAUAGUUUUCCAAAUGUUUAACGUUAUCGUAAUAAUUGUCAUACCUCGAGGAGUUAUGUGGCUGUCUUAGAAUUGUAAUACAAGCUCCAAGGAAAGCCCUGCGAGGUAAACAAUGCAUGGAAUGUGAGUAUAAAAACCUAGAGCUGGGCGAUAUUUGAUUAAUUGGAAUAUAUGUCUAGCGCGAUAUUCCAAAUGCCUUCCAAAUCUCAUGAAUCCAUUUUUUGUUUUUAUAUAUUUUUUGGAGCGUUUGUCUGAUGUUUCUCAUGUUGUACCUUCGCAUUCACACACACCAAGCCCAGCCCCCUGGCACUCACAACGACAAAGAUGAGAGAUCACCUCUUCUUCUCUGACAGUGGUUUCAACUCUCAUUUGCAUUUUUAGGUUUGGUCUGACAAUCUGUCAUAUGGAAACCAAAACACAUAAAAAGGUUAAUCUCCUCUAUUAUAGUAAAGUAAUGUUUCUAAUGGGGACCUCCUGGAGGUUAGGGGGCCACAGAUAGCAUAUGAACCUUCAUAAAUAAUGGCAGGAAAUUUGCUUUAACGGUUGACUUUGGGCGUGAUAAACGGUCCAACUUAUUGUCAAACAGAAAUGGGGUGUGCCUUGGGUGGUUAAUGAAUGUCAUUCUGAUCAUGCGCGGCGUGACCGGCGUAGCUAGUUUGUUAGCCACUUCUAGCUCGCCAGUAACUCCUCCAGUAUGUGUUGACGUCAUUUCACACAAUUUGUUUUUGGACGGAAGCUGUAGAGAUUGGUAAGAAAUGGAACUUCAAAAGCCAAAUAUCUUAUUAAUCAGUAUAUAUAUAUAUUUUUUAACGCAUUACACGACCUUGGAAUUAUGGUGCAUUGUUAUCGUGCAUCAGUUAUACAGUUUAAAGCUGUUAUUUUAGAGUUUUUGUCCAAAGUCUACCUUUUUUAAAGUAGCUGUCCAGUGUUUCCAGAUGUUUAUGAAAUAUGAUCUAUAUGUAGUUACAACAAUUUUUUCUUCCAAUUCUUUUUAAUUAUGUUAAAAAGCAGCUGGGUGUAUACGAGUCAUUAAAAUUAUUCAUGCGAGUAGACCGCUGAUUGGCCAGCUCAUCCUCCUCAGGAAGAUGACAUCAUCCUCGUUGAGGAAAUUACAAGUUUUUUAUUUAUUUUUUAAAUGGUCUGUUUGAGAUAGUUAUAUCUCAAACAGACGGGGACCCCCGUCUACUGUUCGUCGUGGACUUGUCAUUGAGAGAUUGUUUAUGAGACCUGUGUUAAUAAUUUUCUAUAAUGCCUCCUACAGAAGUUGCUCAUUAUUAGUGAAUGGGCAUUAUGCAUGGUUCUGGUAACAUUUUUAACAAAAGACUUGAAAACCAGAUCAGUGAUUAUUGCAGAAAAGCAAUUUAAAUAAUGACAUUAUUAGUGGGUCUUAUGGUUGUGGAAGGAUUAUAUUUACUCUAGGUAUAAUUUCACAAGCCAUGCAUUCUUUAGAUUAUUGCUGCUAUUUUUAAAUGCACUGUAUAUUACCUUUUAAUUGAACAACAAAGCUUAUUUAGAGAUUUUUUUUUAAAUUACGUAUAUUGUGAUUUGAAGCUUUGUUUGAAAAAGAAAUAUAUUAUUUUUUUGGGGGGGGCCUUAUCGCCCAGCCCUAUAAAAACCUAGACUAAAAAGUUAUGUUCUGAAAUCUUUCAUUCAAUGUCAAACACGGAUAUUCGCUAUUGAUAUUGUUACAAUAUAACUUGAAUUGAAUUAUGUGAACUAUUUUAGGCAAGGUUUCAUACUCGCAUUACAUGCAAUGCUUAGUUCACAGGGAUUUCCAUAUAGCUUGUAUGCAAAUUCAAAGACAGUUAUAACUCAUCGUGAGCUAAGAAAACAAUUAACAUUGCAAAACCCCUGUGGUGCUGUUUCGCCCAAUGCGGAUCUCCGCUUUUAAAGGUGAAUUCUGUAAGUAAUUUAACAUCUUGAAGGCCCUUAAAGCUAGAGUCUGGGAUUGAUAUAUCCAUAAAUUAAUUAUAUACAGACCAUGAUAUUUGAAGAAUAUAACUUCUACAUACGUGCAUUAGCGUACAACUGCCUUACCCAAUCAUAGUCCAAAAUAUAAUCUUGUAAUUGUAAACAAAAAAGCAUCACAAACAAAUUAACUGAUGUGGUUGUCAUGGACUGUCAGUGUGAUCAGUGUGUAUGAAAUUGAGGGCUACAUUUCCCUAGCCCCAUCCCUCCACUGUAUACUAAAUUAGGAGGCAGGGCAGCUGUUUUAAUUAUUAUUUUUUACAGUAGAUUUCAAAAACCAAAUGGCAGCCCUGCCACUUUUUUAGGUACUUCCUGUUCAGCCAGCAGACUAUGUGAACAAUGGAGAGGUUGUUAUGACCAGUUAAGCUAAAUGGCCAUAAUCAAGGAGUUUUUGCACAUUUUGAUAUACAAUUAGGUCAAUUUAGGCACAUUUUUCAAUCCCAUGCAAACCUGCAGAAACCUAAUUGUGGAUUACGGAAGAUAUAUUACGCUGCACAAAGCCAAAUCCUUUAAUAUUUUGAAGCAAUUCAUUUUUACGUUUUUGUUUGUAAACAAUGGAGUAAUAAAGGCAUAUUUUGAGCUGUGGUAGACAGCUGUGCUAAGCUUGUAAAGCAUUUCUACUGCAAGUUCUAUUCUUCAAUAAUUAAAUAUAUAUAUGGUGUACCAGUCAAAAGUUUGGAGACCUACUCAUUCAAGAGUUUUUCUUUAUUUUUACUAUUUUAUACAUUGUAGAAUAGUAGUGAACACAUCGAACUAUCAAAUAACA